UGUGUGUGUGUGUGCGUGUGUGUGGUUGCUGCCUGCCGCCAUAGGAACUUCAUACAGUCUUUCAGAUGUUGGAAAAAUAAACUUGGAGUUUCCCUUUUCGUUGGAUUAAUUAAGCAUUAAUAGCUUAAAACCCCUCUUUGCUGGACUUUAGUGGGUAGCUAUUGUCGCUGUCAGUCGGGUGGGUGUGGUUCAGUAUUACAAUUCAUCGAAAUCAUAUUUCUUCGGAAUCUACAACAAUAUGACGAGCACUUUACACGUAUUUCUGUUUUUAUUUCUAAUGUGCGGUGUGUAUGUUGCUGAUGAAGUAAAGUCAGUAUUGGCGAUGGAGGGAGAUUCUGUCACUUUAAACCCUGAUCUUAAUCAAACACAGGGAUUUACAAUGAUACAGUGGUGGUUUGGAGAUAUCAGCCCAGUCAUUGCUGAAAUCAAUGCAAAUGCGACCUCAUAUCCCAACGAUGAGAUAUUCAGAGACAGACUGCAGCUGAACCAGACUGGAUCUCUCUCCAUCAAGAAAACAAGAACCACAGACUCAGGACUUUAUAAACUAGAGGUACACUGAAACAGUGGAGCCUCAUAUAUGACAUUCAGUCUUACUGUCUAUGCUGCGGGUCUGUCUCCAGGUGCUAAAGCAGGAAUAGCAGUUGUUGUUCUGCUGGUGUUUGCAGCUGCAGCUAUUGAUAUGAUGUGCUAUCGCUGCUUUUUCUCUGAUGAAGAAGUUAAGUACAGUUUCAGUUAUGGAAGGAGAAACUGUCAUGCUAAAGCCUGAUAUCAAAGUUAAGAGAGGCGAUGAGAUCCUGUGGAAGUUUGGACCUCAGAGGGUUUCUAUCGCUGAAAUCAGAGAAGGGCCAGAGAGAUAUCUGAGUUUGCCGAUGGGAUGUUCAAAGACCGACUGACGCUGGAUCAGACUGGAUCUCUGACCAUCACAAACACCAGAACCACAGACUCUGGAUCUUAUGAACUACAGAUGAAAUGUAGCGGCGGAGUUUCAGAAGAGAUAUUCGGUGUUAACGUCUGCGGUUAUGGCCAGUUCUAGUCUUCAUCCAUAGUCUUUCUUCUACAGUUAACUCAGGUCAAGCUUCUUAACUCUUUAAUUCCAGUCUUUGGAAAUGUAAGAUUAAAGAUUCAAAAUUUCCCUUUGAAAUACAUUAAACAUAAAUGUGUGUUAACAUGAGUCGGGACAAAGGAGAGACACUUGAAGCAGUGUAAAGAAUCUCUCUGUCUGUUUUCAGCUUUACUUAUUUUCUAUCUAUGAAGCUUAAAGUUUAACACCUUUCUCGUUCUCUGUGCUACUGUCACAGUUGAAGAGGAGACUAAAUUUGUGAUGGAGGGAAGGUAUAUUACUCUCAGCCGUUUUACUAAAGGAAUACAGAAAAAUGAGCUUAUCGUGUGGCUGUUUGGAGAUCAAGAGACUCUCAUUGCUCAGAUGACGGGAGGAUCCAGAAAGACCUUUGAUGGUCCUGAUAGGAGAUUCAGAGGCAGGCUGAAGCUGGACAGAAGGACUGGAGAUCUGACCAUCAGGCGCAUGAAAUAUGAACAUAGUGGACAUUAUAAACUACAGAUCAGCUGCAGCAGCCAAGGAACCUAUUACAAGACAUUCAAAGUUGUUACAAAUGGUAUGUUUGGUCCCAAGACUGUGUCAGUGAUGGAGGGUGAAUAUUUACGUCUUUACUCUGAAAUUCUCAUAGAAAGAGGUGAGCAGGUGCAGUGGAGCUGUGAAGGUAAACCUCUUGCAACUGGGAUGAAUGGAGACUUUAAAAAGACUUCAUACGGUGAUGAUGAGAGAUUCAGAGACCGACUGGAGCUGGUCCAUCUAACAGGAGAUCUCAUCUUCAGAAACGUUAGAACUAGUGACACUGGAGUCUAUCAACUACAGAUCAGCAGCAUCAAGAAAAGAAACAUAAAUAGGGAAUACACUCUUACAGUCCUUGGAAACAGAGUGAAUGAAUCAGAGACUGCAGAGAUGCCUUUGCUGAGUAAAGAGGAUGUGGAUGGAGUGAAUGAGCAGCUCAUGAUGAGUGUAGUUUGAUGAGAUAAGACACGCCCACCAGGGUGAAUCACUCUGACAUCAUCAACAUUUGAACUCAUCUCAGAACACAGUUCCGCUGUUCUGUCAUCAUUUAUCAUUUUAUCACGUCGCCCCAAACCUGCACGACUCUUUGUUCGUUGUAUAACUUGUCUUCUUUUGAGUUAUGCAUGUUUGUAAUAUUGUGAGAGAACAGAACUUUUAAUUAUUCAUUCUGUAUAAAAGAGACAGGAAUGAAAAAAUAAUUUCAGAAACUUAUUUGACCGUCAGUGCCAGAUUUCAGUGUUACUCAACUUCAGUCUAUGUGACUCUCAUUGUAGUAAUUAACCGUCUACUUUAUAUUCGUUCAGUAUUUUGACUUUUCAUUUCAUUUAAAUGGUAAACUUUCUUCUUUUUUUCUGCUAUAUUAAAUAAUUAUACUUAAAAAUAAGAAGUUUCCCGGUCACAGUCCCAGCUAGUGACAGGGCCUUUCUGUGUCCCCAUUUUUCAAAAUGCUUAUAAAUCAUACAGAAUGAGUUUUUUUGAGAAAGUAAAAAUGCACAAAGUUUCCUGUGAGGGUUAGGGUUAGGGGUAGGGCCAUACAUACAUUUUGUACAGUGUAAAAAACAUUAUGACUAUGGGAUGAAUCCACUUUUCACAAAAACAAACGUGUGUGCGUGUGUGUGUGUGUGUGUGUGUGUGUGUGUGUGAGUGUGUGUGUUAGCUGUGAUGUGCUGGCUAUCCAUCCAGGAAGUUUCUCUCACAUGUGGACCAAGGCGCUGGGAUUGAGGACAAGCCGUUUGGAAAAUGAAUGGAUUGAUGUUUUAAAGUGAUUUUGUUUAUAUCCAUACUGAAGUACUUGACUGAUGAACAUGCCUUAUUGCACUUAUACCAACAUUUUUUUAGGACACUACAUUUUGUUGAGCCACGGAUUAUUCAUUUCUGUUUGCAUUAUUCUCAUUUGUUAGUCAUUUAAAUAAAUGUUGACAUAAAGAUAACUGAUCUGUAAGUGUCUACAUGAUUUGUCUACGUAUUAAAUACUGUCUUCUAGUGGACAAACACUGAUUCUUUUAUUGACUGAUGACAUUGUAAAAUAUGUUGUUGUUUUUCCAUGUUCACUCACUAGUUGGCGCUCCAGCAGAGUCUUUGGGAGGGACAAGUUUAACAAAGAUUCUGACACAUAGAUUGAAAGAGAACAUGUAGAUGGGUCACUGAAAUGACAGACAGUAUGGUGUAUACAACUCAAGCCUCUUACAGCUCAUUACAAUUGUAUUAAGGCUAUGUAGGCUACAGUAUGCUUC